UGACAGAAAGCUACACAAGCAACAGAGGAGUGAAGAGACGCCUGAACAGAGAUUCAUCUCAAGACAAGAAGACUCAAGACUAAACAGGAGAAACAUGCUGUGCUCUCGUGGAUUUCCCUACGCAUUCAGGAGAUUCAUGGACUUCUCCUGGCCUGUACGCAGUCUGUGGCCAGAGGUCAGGCCUCUGUUCCACCAGCAGGAUCUCCUGCAAAGAAACCUACAAGAGCUGCGCAGCAGUCUUCAGCUGAUGGAGAAACUUCAAAGCCAGAUCCUGGAGGACACAGAGCCUUUUAGGAGCAGCGUGGCUCUGCAGCCAGUCUCCUACCAGCUGGACAAAGAGGGAGAGCACUUUGGCCUAACCCUGGACACUCAAGGCUUUGCUCCAGAAGAGCUGUCAGUCAGGCAGGUGGGCAGGAAGCUGAGAGUCAGCGGCAAGACAGAGAAGAAACAAGAGGACGGCAAAGGCUCCUACUCUUACAGACUGCAGGAGUUCAGACAGGAGUUUGAUCUGCCUGAAGGGGUGAACCAUGAAGACGUCAGCUGCAGCCUUUCUCCAGAUGGAAAGCUCCACAUCCAGGCAGCCAAAGUUGCUGGUGUUGAGGCGGCUGAGAGAGAGCUGACUAUCAAGAGGAGGAGCUCGGAGAAGAAAACUUAAGAGAGUUUCAAAGGCAAAAGACAGCCGAGCAGAGACACAUAAGUCGACAAACCUUGACUCCGCAACAUUCCAA